ACGAAACCCUUUGAUUCAUUUGCUCAUGAACUUCAUCCUUUGCUAACUACCGAUAUUAACACCACACCACCACAACUUAAGUGUUGGUUGCAUUUCUAUAAAAACCUGUUGCAAAUCGCUUUUGCUUGAGUUAUUUAUCAUAGCGAAAUGGAGUCAGGACCGGUCGUUUGGUACUGUCAUGCUUGUGGUAAUGAAUUUGAGCAACCUGGAAAUUGUACCAGAUGCAAUAGUGACUUCGUCGAAAUGAUUGAGUCUAAUACAGCUCCUCAAGAUGAUCCUAGAGUUCAAAACAUAAUCCCUAUACCAGAACUGGCUGAUCCUGGUGCUAUGUUACAGAACAUAUUUCGUGCGUUUGGCACCCAGCCCGAACCAUCUGAAGCCCAACCCAAUCCGACUUCCGAGAAUGAAACUGAUAAUACAUUCACCGAUCCUCGCUCAGGUCAGUUUUCAAAUACCGCACGUUCCGGUUCUACAUCAGACUCAUCUUUUCCUCGUAAUACGACUCCCAAUCCAACUGGAACCCCAUUUGUUACGCCGGGAAUCGUAAACGUAGGGCAAGUUCAUAAUCUGUUUCAAACCCUACUAGGACCUGGUUUGAACCGCUUGUCUAGAUUUCCUAACACAAACCAACCUUCUGCUACCAGUACCCAUGAAUCGACUGCUCAUGAUGUAGAUCCUGCAGGAAGCAAUCCAGCUGAGAAUUUAACUGGAGCCUAUGUUGAUACUCCUCUACAAGAAACGCUUCCUUCGUAUGCUUCAUCAGUUAAUCGGGAAGCUGCAGAUGCGAAUGCUAGCUCUGGACAACAACCUUCAGUGGAGGAACAAGCUCAGUCCAAUGAUGAAGCUCAACCCGGGUUUUUCAGAUCUAAUUCGGGAAUGCCUUUUGCUGCUCAAAGUUUUGUCUUCUCUAUGGGCCCCAAUGGAACUUUCCAACAAGUGAAUACUCCUAGUGAAAAUACUCAGGAGGCUCAAGCAGGUGCUAUUCCUAUUGCAGAUCUAGGAUCUAUUUUAGAAAGAGUUUUCGGCUCUCUAAACCAAAAUGAAGGCCAAGCUGGUGAAGGUGAAACUCCAUUUAAUGCUGCAAACCUUUUCUCAAACGUAUUUAAUUUGGCAGGAAAUCCAGGAGAUUAUGCAUGGGGUGCAAGAGGAUUAGAUGACAUUAUAUCGCAACUAAUGGAACAAGCACAAGGCCAUAAUGCUCCUCCUCCUGCUUCAGAAGAAAUAAUUUCCAAACUCAAAGUACGAUCCCCUCCAGCCGAAUUAUUAGGAGAAGAUAAUGAAUGUACGAUUUGUAUGGAAAACUUUAAAGAAACUGAUCAGGUUAUUGAGCUUCCUUGUAGCCAUUUUUUUCAUGAGAAUUGUGUUAAACCCUGGUUGCGUGUAAAUGGAACAUGUGCUAUCUGCCGUGCUCCUAUUGAUCCUUCUAUUAAAGUAAAUGAAGGUUCGAACAAUCCUCAACAAUCACAAGAACAUAAUUCUGAAAAUCCUUCUCAACAUGAAGCUCACACAGCCAAUACUUUUGGAGGAAAUGAGUCUAAUGAACGCAGAACAAGAUCUGAUGCUGACACGGCAUCAUCAGCAAAUAACUUUAUUGAUGAAGAACCUUUGGAAUAAAAUGAGAGUAGAGCUUGAUGGAUUGCCUUAAUUUGGUUUGUUAAAUCUCGGUGGAUAUGCUUCUGAUGAAUGAGUAACUGAGGUUAUGACGGCUAUAUUUUUGAAAGCUCAGAAACAUUGCUAUUCGUGGUUUUCAUUAUAUUUUAGUGCGUUUUGUUGUACAUAUCCUGUAAAAAUGUUUGGGACGAACUUAUUAAUGUACAUAGAAGAUUUCGGUCUUCACGAGCCGUUAAUACUGAAGGAAGGCGUAGAGUGUUUUGCCAAACUAAGUCAUGAUUUUGUUUAUGAAAAAUAUCCGAAAAUUAGAAAAAGUAGAAGAUAGGAGAUGUAAAGCAAAGAAGUUUUUAAGUUUUGUUUAGUGAAAUGGUAUAAACUAUAUUUAGAUACAAUGAACUAUACGUGUUUGGAA